AUGGCAGGUAAUGCUUGGGAUUCAAGUACAAGCAGCAUCUGUGAAUGGGAAGGCGUUGCUUGUUCUAACCAGGGGCGGGUAGUCGAACUUCAUUUACGGAAUCUGGCAUCGUUCCCGAGCUCUCUUCUGGCAUCUGCGAUCCAAGGACUGCCGGAGUUGAAAAAGUUGAUCAUUUCCAACACCAACUUCACGGGUUCUGUUGAGGAUCUGUCGCUCCAAACAUGCGCUUUGAACAUGCUCGACUUGUCCGGUAACAGAUUGGAAGGAGGCGUCCCGUUGCAGCUUCUUGCCGACUGCCGAGGCAUGAAAUCGCUGAAUCUGUCCAACAAUAUGCUCACUGGUCCCUUGCCACCGUCGUUCUUUCCUCUAUCAUGCAGCUUGCAGCAUCUGGAUGUCUCCAAGAAUCGGCUAACCGGCAGUGUCCCCAGGCAGAUCAUGAAUUGCAGCUCACUGGAAAGUAUCUCUUUGGAUCACAACAAUUUCUCGGAAGUAUUCCCAUCGUUGAGUUCAUCUAGUAACAUCCGCAAUCUGAAGCUCGCCUCCAAUAUAUUCACGGCACUGGUAAUCGACUCUGACGGCUGUCGGAACCUCUCAGAGCUCGACAUAUCUUCCAACAUGCUUUCAGAAUUCAAGCAUCCGGCAAUCUGUGCUUCGCUCAGGGUGCUCAACAUCUCGAACAACAAUCUCUCCGGCAGUUUCACAAACUUGGCCAAGUCCUUACCAUCUCUGCAAAUCCUCGAUGCCAGUUUCAACCGAUUCUCAGGACGAGUUCCCAUCAUCCACUCAUAUCUCCACUAUAUCGACUUCAGCGCCAACAAUUUCCGCAUCACUCCAACCAGAAUUUGCGCAUCAUCACAGCGUGCUCCUUCAAAACUCCGCACAUUAAUGCUGCCCAACAACAACCUGGAAGGACUAGUCCUCAGUUCGGUCGCAGAUUGUUCCAGCUUAGAGCUACUAGAUUUGAGUUUCAAUGCCUUGACUGGAGAGAUUCCUCACAAUCUCUGCUCCAAGCUUCCCAAACUCGAACAUCUGCUCGUGUGGGUCAACCAUCUUCAAGGCCGGAUUCCUUCUAGCCUGGGCUCUUGCAGCAGCCUCAAAAUUCUUCUGCUCGGGCACAACAAUCUCUAUGGAGACAUCCCUUCCGAUCUGACACACCUGAGCAAGCUGUGGUGGCUGAGUUUGAUCAACAACAGACUCACUGGAUCAAUCCCCCGAUUCUCCAACGGGAACCUCAAGCUUCUUCAACUCAGCCAUAAUCUGCUCCAAGGCGAGAUACCAAAGGAGCUGGACGAGUGUGACAACUUGGUCGAUAUAGAGCUCAACAGCAACGCUUUGUCAGGGUCCAUCUCAGAUCGAAUCGGCCGCCAACACAGCAGAGUGGAACUUUUGAACGUGGAGGACGAUGAUCUGGUUGCCAACCUGAGAUUCAUGCUGGUCGAUUUCAAUGCCAAUGACACGACCAGAGUUGCUAGCUGGACAAGCCUCAUUCCAAACAACUCCCUCACCGGUGGAAUCCCUGAGUCCCUCGGGGACCUCAGCAAUUUGCUCUACAUGGACCUCUCGCAAAAUGCCUUGCAGGGAAUCAUACCGGCUUCCCUCUCCCACCUCAACAUUGGCCUGUUCAACGUUUCUCACAACAAUCUCUCAGGUUCGAUUCCACAGACUGGCAAACUGACAACGUUCCCGGCCAGCAGCUAUGCCGGGAAUCCAUACCUCUGCGGCUUACCUCUCAUCACCGUGCAAUGCAGCCCUAACCCCAACAAUCUGUCGUCGAUUGCACCGAAUGAUGAUCGCCGCGAGCAGCAGCAACACAAUGCUGGCGAUGGUGAUGGACUGCUCCCCUUCAGCAUCGCCAUGGGGGUCAUCAGCUUCAUCACAUUCGGCAGCACGGUGUUCUUCUGGGAAAACCGCGCCAUACGCAGUCUGGAGUAUGUAUUAUUACGUGCUGCCUUGAUAUGA